UCUCUCUCUCUCUCCUCUCCUUUCCCAGUGCAAAGUCAUUUGCCACUUUACUUCAUAAUCAUCAUCAUCAUCACCCUGGCAAUUGAGCAAGGAGAGAUCAGUGCAUACUGUACUGUACGCUGAGAAACAGUUAGACAACAGAGACGGCAGGAUGUUGGUGGAACUGUUACUGUUGGUAGCGCUGUUCUUCCUGCUGUGGAGGUUCUUCAAGAAGACUGACGGAAUGCCCCCGGGACGCUGGGGACUUCCUCUGAUUGGCUACAUCCCGCUAACAAGGAAGAGGAUACAUGAUCAGCUAUUCGACUUACACAAGAAGUACGGCGACAUAUAUGUAUGGAGAUUCGGGACGCAGGUGAUUGUGAUUCUCCAUGACUACCAGCUAAACAAGGACGCUUUUGCUAGUCAGGAUUUCAUCGACAGACCUCCCUGGAAUUUUUUUCGGUAUGGGGAAGAAACUGCCAGCGGUGUGAUAGCAUCUGGCGGGUCUCUGUGGCAUAAUAACCGACGCUUCGUUCUGCGUCAACUGCGGGACCUCGGGAUGGGUAAGUCCAGGAUGGUGGCAGCAGUGCAGUGGCAGGGUACACAGUUGGUGCAGCAGCUCAAGAACCAAGCAGGAAGACCUGCACCAUUGCCUCACGCCCUUGAAGUCGCUAUUGUUAACGUCAUCUGGCAGAUGGUCGCUGGCAAGCAGUUUGAAAUGUCAGACUCACGCCUAAUGGAACUUCAAAAUUUGCUUCGCUGGAUACUAGAGUCCACUGUAAGUGUGGCCAUCCCGGACUUCUUCCCGUGGUUACUAUACAUCCUGCCUGGCGCCCUCAGUAGACGCGUCUUCAACCUCGACCGCCAGAAGACGACCUUACAUAAAUUCCAAAAAUACUUCACUAAGGAGAUCGAGGAGCACCGAGCCACUCUGGACCGUGAUAACCCCCGGGACCUGAUAGAUGGUUACCUGAUGAUGAUGGAGGAGAAGGCGGACGAUCCGGACAAUACUUUCAAUGCGAAGGAUUUGGCGAUCUUAGUCCUCGAUCUGUUCUUCGCUGGGAGUGAGACUACGACCAUCACCCUCACCUGGAUGUUCUACUACCUGGCCACCUACCCGGAGGUACAGCAGAAGAUGCAGGCAGAGAUAGAUGAGGUCCUCCCAAAGGGUACCCUUGCAACCCUCGACGACAAGCUCAGAAUGCCCUACACGGAGGCGGUCAUACACGAGACCCUACGCAAGUCGUCACUAGCAGCUACAGGGGUCCAGCAUGUAGCUACCAGAGACACUCAGCUGGGUGGCUACUACAUCCCUAAGGGCACUGUUGUUAUUGGAGCACAAGAGACUAUACAUCACGACCCUCGGUACUGGAACCGACCAGAUGAGUUCCUGCCGGAGCGGUGGCUCGACCAACAGGGCAAGUUUACCCCCAAAAAGGAAGGUUUUCUACCCUUCGGUGUGGGUAAACGCUCUUGUCUGGGCGAGGCUCUGGCGCGCAUGGAGUUGUUCAUCAUUUCCACUACUGUGUUCCAGAGCCUUACCUUCUCUCAACCACCUGGCAAGAGGAUUGAUCUUCAUUAUAACCCAAAACUUUUCUUGACCCACCAUCCCAAGAUCCAGGAUGUCCUGAUCACCGUUCGCCCAGGAUUCUGAAGAAUAUAAAUACUAUACGCACAUACAGUAGAUAGUGGUUUUUUUUUGUAAGUUAUAACAGCAUUGCAAGUCCAUUAUUCCACUACAUAUUUAAAAAAAAUCCGGCUUUGGGAACAAAUUUUCCGAGGUCUAAAAUCGAGAGUAUAUUCUGAAAAUGUCUUGAAUAAUGACGAAAGCUCAAGUAUUUUGGGGAGGGACCAGACCUGACUCAAUGUCAGGUGGAGGUAGGGUUGGGGAUUAGUGGUCUCAUAUUAUUGACUUUCUGAUGGCAUGUCAGGUGUCAUGGGUUGAGUUAGGCUUACCCAUGCAACCAACUCCAAGGUUUGUUUUACUAGAGAUAAGAAACCCGGCGAGCCAUGACUGCGACAUAUUUUUUUCCAUAAGUGGUAUGUUAGCCAGC